UCGUUUUUUGAAGAAAUGUCAAUAAAUUUGUUUUUAAUUUAAUUUCUCUAGAAUGUGUGUUAGUUUCCAUUAUUUAGUUUGAGGCAUGUUACUAACACAAGCCAAAUUAUGGCAACGGGGGCGUGGUAAGAUAGUGGCUCCCUCUACCCAACAAUGCGAUGUUGCUGGACCGUUAUUUUAGUUCUAGUUAGACUUUAGAGUUGAGUUGCCGCAAUUUGGAUUGUGUGUAGGUGAAAUAUUAACAUGUACAAAACGAGAUUACAAAAGCUGAAAAAUGCCGUUAACAAAAUAAAUGCUGCUAAUGAAAUUACAUCUAAGACAAAACAACAAUAAUUACUCGAAACCAAAUCAUGUGAUAAGUUGCAAAAUAACCUUAUAUUUCUUCCAAAAUAUGAAUCUACAAAAUGUCUAAAUAGAGAGGAACGUGAACAAGUGUUGGAUUCCAAACACGUGCUAUUGAAUGAUACGACUUUAAAUGAUUCCUCUGAAAGUGAACCUAAAACUAGCGGCAGCGAGUAUAUUCCAUCGUCUCAUUGUUCAGACAGUCCGCCAUCUAAGAAGAUACACGUUAUUCAAAAUAUCGUAAUUAGCGAAGGAAAUUUGAAUAUAUUAACUGAAAAUAAUCAAAGCGAUAAAAGUUUUAUUAUAAACAAGUAUCUUACAAGCCUCAACUACAGUGAAAGCCAAAAACCUAUUGAUAUAAUAUCUAAUUGUAAUGAUGAAGAUUUAGCUGUUAGUGAAGGGUUAAUUUUAAACCACAAUGGAAAUAAAAUCGUUAACGUAACUGAAUUAUCUGAAAAUGUUUCUAAUUGCAAUAAUAAAGAUCUACCAGCAAGUGAUGGGUUAAAAACACACUAUGAGACAUCUGACAAAUUUAGUAACAAUAUCAAAAAUCGUGACAGUGGAGGUACAACAAACAGUUCUCAGCUUACUGAUAAGUCCAUAACGUACAGGAAAAAAAAUUGUCGGAAUGAAAUUGAAAUAAAUGCAGCAAUUAGAAAAAGUGGUAAAAGAGUAAGAAAUAAAAUUCAUGCUUGUUACUACUGUAGUAAGCAAGUUAUACUUAUGGCAAGACACUUUGAAACCGUUCAUUCCGAAGAAUCAGAAGUAAAAAAAUGUUUACUUCAUCCCAAGGGUUCUCAAAAGAGAAAGCAAGCUUUCUUAGAAUUGAUUAGGGUGGGAGACUUCUAUCACAAUUGCAACGUUCUUUCUACAAAAAAAGGACAGCUGAUAGUAAUUAGACGGCCAACAGCAGAUGAAGCACAAUUUGUUAGUGAUAUCAAUUAUGGUCCCUGUCCCAACUGUCUAGGAUUUUUAUUGAAAAAACAUAUCUGGCAUCAUGUGAAAUAUACAUGCAAGGAAAAAGUUAAUAUUGAUGACCAGAAAGAAUCCCGUCAUGUUAUUGCCGAAAGCAAUGCUCUCGUAGCUGAUAUAUUCGGAAUUGGUUUUACUAAAAAUUUCACAAAUUCAAUAAUAGCAAAGUUUAAAAACGAUGAAAUUGGUAACACCUGCAACAAUGAUAUUUUGAUAUUGAAAUAUGGAGCCAUGCAGUACGAGAAGUAUGGUGAUACUCAAAACGAGUUAAUAAGACAAACCAUGAGGCAGCUAGCUCGUUUAGUUAUAUCCCUUAAGAAAUUAACUAACAGUAGGUCGCAAACGCUUGGCGAUUUUCUGGUUCCUGAGAAAUUCGAUGUGGUUGUUCAAGCAACUAAAGACAUUAGUAUGACCAUGGCAGCUAGUAGUAACUGUAGACCAGAAUUUCAUACUCCGAGUUUAGCUUUAAAAUUGGGUUAUGCUCUUAAGAAAUGUGUGGCUAUUCAGAGAGGCAGUGCUUUAAGAGCAGGAAAUAUGAAAAAAAAACAAGUCAUUGUUAUCAUUCCUUCAGCUGAUGGAAAUGGAAUGGAGCAUACGAAUAUCUUCCAAUGCUAUAUCCACACUUUACCGAAGAAAAUUGAAUUCCACUCAACUUUUGCCAAUUACGACCGAUUUAGUGAAACUUAG